AUGGCGCAGAGUUCGCAUGGCGGGAGUCACCGGCGAAGUCGUGAACACGAGGGCUCUAUGCGCUAUACCAACACGGAUUGGGAAGCGAAGGAGGCCCUCUACCAACGGGAACUGGAUGAGGCCAGAGCUAGAGCCACCCAGAUGGAGAAAACUAUGCGCUGGUGGUCAGAUUGCACAGCCAAUUGGCGAGAAAAAUGGAGUAAGGUGCGUAACGAACGCAACAAAGCAAGAGAAGAAACAAAACAACUAAAAACUAAAGUAGACCUUCUCACUAAGGAAUUAAAUAGCAUAAAAUCAGACAAGUGUGAUCUCGAACAGCAACUAUUGGACUUAAAAGCGGACAACGAAAAGCUUCUCAGUCUAGGCGAGAAGAGAAUAGUUUCAGCGGAUCUCACAGACGACAGUGUCGAGCUAAGAAAAAAACCAGGUUUUGUAUCACCCAAUGAGUCUGCCAGACAGAGAGCAUCUUUAGAUUCGCACAAGUUUUCCAAUGUUGACAAUGUUCUUGCGAACAAACUGGGCGAAAUGCGCUUACGCUUGGAUGAGACUUUUAAAAGUUUACAGAGUGAAAAGGAUCAGAAAGCUUUACUCAUAUCCAAGAUAGAAACCCUUACAGCUGAACUGCAUAGUACUAAACUAGACCUAGCCAGCGACAGGACGCUAGGUUCCACGGAUUCUAGUCAUAGUGAAGUAGAGAGACUACAGAACGAACUUCAAGAUGAGGUGGCCGCCAAACAGGUGCUCAAAGAGAAAAUAGCCGAACUUAAGAUGGAAUUGGAGAGGAGCAAGUCUGAAAUAACCAUUCAGUGGAGCAAAAGGGAGCUUCUAGAAACGGAGAAUGUAGCAAUUUUAAGAGAAAGCAAAAAGCUAUAUAGCCAAAUCUGUGAACUAAGAGAACAGAUCCACAAGCUAAACAGAAUAUCGGACGGUAGUAUUUAUGGAAUACCAUUUAAUGACCAUAAUAGGUUAGACUCAAACGUCUUGUAUAUUAGGAAGAGUAGUGCUAGCCCUAGAUCCCACGAUUCCAGUAAUGGGUCAUCUGAUGCAAAUAUAGCACAGAUUGAAGCCAAAACCAAUACGUCUGGGGAAGAUGAUGAACUAGCGAUAGUUGAGAGAAAUGAAAAUUGUUAA